CUGUUUGCGACCCUGCGCACGCAUCCCGUAAUCCAGGACUCAGUUCCAGUAACAUUCCUUCUUCUCCAAGAUGAUGGGUUGGUCUGUUCUGUCUCUGUCCCGGGUGCUGCAGGCCAACACACACACAGCUCAGGUGUUGAGGGCAGCCUUGUGCGGAAGGAGGCAGAUGUCCCGCUACACCAUCAUACCACCCCCAGCACGGUACGGGGGUCGGCACACGGUGACGCUCAUCCCAGGAGACGGUAUCGGACCUGAGCUACUUAGCCAUGUUAGAGAACUGUUCAGGUUCUGCUGUGUACCUGUGGAUUUUGAGGUGGUGAAUGUGGAUUCUACUAUGACAUCAGAGGAUGAUAUCAACGACGCCAUUACAGCCAUCAGACGCAACGGAGUGGCCCUCAAAGGCAACAUUGAGACCAACCACAACCUGCCUCCCUCUUUUAUAUCCAGAAAUAACCUGCUACGUACCAGUCUGGACCUGUAUGCCAACGUGAUGCACUGCCAGUCUCUGCCAGGCGUUCGGACUCGUCACAGGAACAUCGACAUCAUCAUCAUCAGAGAAAACACUGAGGGAGAAUACAGCAGUCUGGAGCACGAGGUGUGUGUGUACGGUGUAUGUGUGUGUGUGGACGUGUUUAACUAUUCUUGUGGGGACCAGUAAAUUGCACCCAUGGUGCUCAGAAUAAAUCACAUCUUGAUGAUGGUAAUUCAUCUUAACAGCAUAGAAAUUUGCCUGUAAAGUUGUUACAAUAGAAUGAUGUUCUUAUACAUGAAAAAUCUGAAAAGCAAAACAUUGCCCAUUGUGUCUUCCUCCCUGAUUUAAAACAU